AUGGCCCCCGCCAAAAGAUCCCACGCCGUGUCGGAAGCAGGCACUGGAGAGGAGGAAGAGCUGGUUGAGAUGCGGCAUGGAAGGUCCAACCUCGGUCAGGAUGCGCCCUCAAAGCGAGUCCGACUAUCACACACCGCUCAGCCGACUAAGCCAACCCCAAAGAGGGACGAGUUCCCAAGUUCCGGAAGCGAAGACGGUGCAGACGAGGAAGAGGAGGACAGACGAGCCGGUCGUGACUCACCUCCCCGAACCCAAUACGAAAUUGCCCGAGACGAUGGCUUCAGGCACUUGCAGUACGAGGAUCAAGACGAUCAACGUGCUACGCAGAAAGUCAAGAGCCGCCCACAGCGCAUCGGCGACAACCAUGCUGCCGAAAACGGCAUUAUCGAGAGUGUCGAGUGCAUCAACUUCAUGUGCCACGAACGCCUCUUUGUUGAGCUCGGUCCCCUGAUCAACUUCAUCGUCGGCGAGAAUGGAAGUGGCAAGAGUGCAGUCCUCACGGCCUUGACAUUGUGUCUUGGCGGCAAGGCUAGCUCUACCAACAGAGGCGGAAGUCUCAAGAGCUUCAUCAAAGAAGGCAGAGACAAUUCAGUCAUCAUUGUGAGGAUUAAGAACCAGGGUAUAGACGCUUAUCAACCCGAUCUAUACGGCGAAACCAUCAGAGUCGAACGACAUUUUUCUAGGGCUGGCGCCAGUGGCUUCAAGCUCAAGAGUGUGACUGGAAAAACAAUUUCUACAAAGAAGGCAGACGUUGACGAGAUCUCCGAGUACUGGGCUUUGCAGGUCGAUAACCCACUGAACGUCCUGUCGCAAGAUAACGCUCGUCAAUUCCUGAACUCGUCCUCGCCUUCCAUGAAAUACAAAUUUUUUGUUCGAGGUGUCCAGCUCGAACAGCUUGAUAACGACUACAAACUCCUAACGGAGAUUCUCGAGAGCCAUGAGGCGAAGCUUCCAAGCCUAGAGGAACAUGUCCGUCGUGCGAAGAGAGAGCAUUCGGAGGCACAGAAGCUCAAGGACAUCGCUCAGAAGAACGAAGAAAUGAGAAAGACGUAUCGCCGUCUCCGCAAUCAGCUUUACUGGUCACAGGUAGCUGAGCAAGAAGAUGGGCUCGCCAAGUGCAAUGAGGAAGUCGCUGCUCUGGACGAGGAAAUUCAACGCACCACUAUGCUCAUUGAACGCACAACACAAGCUCUAAACCAGCGCGAUGAGCACCUGGAGCGUGCUCAAGGUGCAGUCGAAUCCGAAUCACAGGAUGCCGGUGCCAUUCAGGAAAGUAUCGCCGUUGCUGAAGAAGCGUAUCAUGACGCCAAGCAAUCCGUCACCGACAUACACCACCAACUCAGAGAUGUUCAGCAACGGCUCAAAAGCGCCGGGCAAGGAGUGGCUGAGUUUGAGACCAAAAUUGAAGCCGAGGAGCAGCGAUUGGGCGCUGGAGCCGGAAGCGCUCGCCAGGAACAGGAGAGUCUCCUGAACGAAGCAAGAGCUGAAGAGUCUACGAUCAAACAACAAAUCGCAGACGAGAACGAUACAGUCCCGCAACUCAGAGCAGAGCUGAACCAGGCUCAGGCUGCCUUACAAGGGGGCAAGGCCGAUAUCGACAGGAAGAGGGCCGAAAUCAACUCAGCAGAGGGACGUUUGCGCAGCCUGGAGCAGAACAGAGGCUCUGUUUGGGCUGCCUACGAUAAGAAGAUACCUCUCCUUCUUCAAGCAAUCGAGCGAGAGAAUGGAUUUCACGAAAAGCCCGUCGGGCCUCUUGGAGCCCACGUCCAGCUCACUCAACCCGAGUGGUCACCCAUUUUGGAGACAGUCUUUGGCGCAACGCUGGAUGGCUUCCUUGUGUCUAACAAGUCCGAUCAACAACGUCUAACAAAACUGAUGAACCAAGUCAACUUGCAACGCUUUCCUCCCAUUAUCAUCAGUAAGCGACUGCCGCCCAACACUCACCUUAGAGAGCCGGACGCAGCUUUUGACACUGUCCUCCGGGUGCUCAAGUUCGACAAUGAUUGGGUCCGCAGUCAGCUCAUCGUGGCGCACACCAUCGACAAGAUCGUCCUGAUAAGAGAAAGGACCAAGGCAGAAGAUGUUAUGAUGAGCGAUUCGCCUCCACCAAACGUCCAAGCUUGCAUCUCUCUCCACGAUGGCGCGGGUAAGAGAGGUUUUGGCCUUCGCAUGGCCCGAUCAAGCGGUGCGGGAUACAACACAGGAACCAUCAACCCCUUCCCUCGAGCGCCAAGGAUGAAGUCUGACGACCAGACCCAAAUCAGUUUGGCAAAGGAAUCACUAACUCAUCUACGUGGAGACUUGCGCUCUAUCGAGCUCAAGCGGCGAGAGCUUGACCAGACGGUCGCAAAAUGCAGCACCGCUCUGAAUAGCCAACAGCAACAGGGGCAGUCCCUCGAGCGGAAGCUGAGGCGGGUUCAGGCCAGGAUUGAAGACAUCUCUGCCGAACUGGACCAAUACGAAGGAGCAGAUGGCCGGCUUAUUUCACUCCGGGAAGAGUUGGAGAAGAUCAAAGCCGAGCGAGAGCACCAUGGAACCCAAUAUGGCGAAAUGCGACUGCGACAAGAUGAACUCAACAAGAAAUGCGAAGAGUGCAAGAGGACGCUUGCCGAGGAGAAGGGAAGAAUGAAAGACUUUCAGGCACGAAUUACGAAGUUGCAACUCGCAGUCCAGAAAGCGGAAGACCUGCGGAAAAUGGCAGUUCUCGAGAAAAACCGCGCGUUCCAAGAGCGUGACGAUGCGGUUCUCGAGAAAGAGCGAGCAGAAACGAGGCGAGACGAACAGGCCGAAGUUGUCGCCAACUUUACUGCACAAGCCAUGGACAAGGCGCCGCAGAGGGUGUAUAUCGAGGAAGGCGAGACUCACAGGAGUAUCGAGAGCAAGUACGCUGUCAUCCACCAACAGCUGGAGAAGAGGGCUCAAAGAUUGGGAGCAUCGGAUGAGGAGAUAAAGGAACGGGCGGCUAGGGCUGAGGCUGCAUAUGAAGCUUCACAGCAACUCUACAAGGGCCAGCAGGAGGAGCAAGCGGCAGGCAAGCUCAAUCUGGAAGACCGACUGAACAGGUGGCGACUAUUCCAGCGACAUAUCUCGGCGCGUGCUCGCAUCUGCUUCCAAUACCUGUUGAGCGAGCGUGGUUUCAGGGGCAAGCUUGCCAUUGACCAUCCGCAACGUCGGCUGCAACUCUUUGUGGAACCAGAUGAAACCCGUAAGGGCACUGCAGGCCGGAGCACAAAGACGUUGUCGGGUGGUGAGAAAUCAUUCUCAUCCAUCUGCAUGCUGCUAGCUAUUUGGGAGGCCAUGGGCUCACCCCUGCGAUGUCUGGACGAGUUUGACGUCUUCAUGGACAACGUCAACCGUACCAUCAGCACAAACAUGCUUAUCACCGCUGCUAGACGCUCCGUGUCACGCCAGUACAUCAUGAUUACACCAAACGCGAUCGAAGGACGAGCCACGCUCGAGAAGGACGUCAAAAUCAUCCGUCUGACCGACCCCCGGCAGCGGACGUUGGUUUAA